AUGUUUCUCAGAGGAAUUUCAUCAAACACCUUGAAGAAGCACAAAUCAAUACUAAACCAUCAUCACUCUUCCUUCUUCUUCGCAGUCCCUUUCUCAACCGCCCAAAAUUCCCCAAACAAGAAUCACGACGAGUCCCGCAUACUGAGUCAACUUGUCGAUCUCCUCCCAAUAUCAAUCAACACUCCCAACCCUCCAAACACCCAAUCGGAUACCAAAGCCGCCAACGAUUUUCUUCCGCCAGAAGACAAUCUGCGCGGCGUUUUUCUUCAGCAAUUCUACAGAAAAUCCAUCGUUCAUUGCGCGUUGGAUGGCGCUGAGGUCGAAUUAAACUGCCGUUCAUCCCAAAAGUUCAAUCAAUUAAUUUAA